AUGAAAACCUACUUGGAUCGAUAUUGGGAGAUGUUCAACAAGAUAGAAGGUGAUUUUAAGGAUGUGGCCAUCAGUACUUUUAAGCUUGGCUUGCCUGCAGGGCACGGUCUAAGGAAGUCUGUGACGGGGAAACUUGUCACCAGUAUUCGUCAACUAAUGGAUCAGAUUGACAAGUAUAAAAGGGUUAAGGAAAACCAGCUGCAAAAUAAGGGGAAGGGUAAGGUUAUCCCUCAGGAGAGGAGGGAUUUCAAGUCAGAUCGCUACAACAAUAACAAACCCCAGCGAGAUUUUGCCAGACAAUCUGAACCUGCAGCCCCACAGGUAGUAAACACCGUGUUUCAAGAACCGGUGCAUCAAGUUUUGGAGAAGACCAAGAAUGAGUCGUAUUUUAAAUGGCUGAACAAGAUGAGUGGAGAUCCUUCAAGGCAUAAUCAAAGCCUCCAUUGCUAG